AUGGCGCCCCCCGUCGAUCCCCAUCAUGCGACUGACGUGUCAGACGAAGAAGUCCUGUCUGACGCCGCCUCAUCUUCUGACGAGUCCGAUUACCUCGACAGUGCUGGAUCUCGAAAGCGCCGGAGGACCGCAGAGGUACCCCACGAUGAAAGUGACAAAAUUGAAGAUGACGACGACGAAGAAGACGAGGAGUUGAAGAGAGUUCUCUCUACAAUCAAGGCGCCUUCUCGAAUCAAGCGAGCUUCUCAAAAUGACCAGAAGGAGGCUCAAGUUAAGCCUGUGACUGCCCCCAAGACCUCCAUCCAAGCUCCUACCGACCCAAACACCACCUUCUCCUCGCUCAAUGUUCGACCAUGGCUGGUACAGUCGCUAGGAAACAUGGCCAUCAAGCGCCCUACAGGAAUUCAGAAGGGAUGUAUCCCUGAGAUCUUGAAAGGAAGAGACUGCAUUGGUGGUAGUCGAACAGGUUCCGGCAAAACAGUUGCGUUCGCCGUGCCUAUUCUGCAGAAAUGGUCGGAGGACCCUACUGCCAUCUUCGCCAUCGUCUUGACACCGACCAGAGAAUUGGCGCUCCAGAUUUUCGAGCAGUUCAAGGCCAUCUCUUCUCCACAAAGUCUCAAGGCAAUCCUGGUGAUAGGAGGUUCCGAUAUGCGCACGCAGGCGAUCGAGAUUGGAAAGCGACCCCAUGUGAUAAUCGCGACUCCAGGUCGUCUGGCCGACCAUAUUCGAACUUCCGGAGAAGACACCAUCUGCGGAUUGAGGAGAGUCAGAUAUGUGGUUCUCGAUGAAGCUGACAGACUUCUCAAUGCCACUGGGCCUGGCAGCAUGCUCCCUGAUGUGGAAGAAUGCCUCUCAGUUCUGCCCCCGGCCACAGAGCGACAGACACUCCUUUUUACUGCCACCAUUACCCCAGAGGUCCGCGCCUUGAAGGACAUGCCUAUCAAACCAGGCAAGCAGCCAGUAUUUGUUUGCGAGGUUGAUACGCAGUCGCUGGCCAUCCCUGCAACAUUGAAACAUAUGUAUCUAAAGGUGCCCGUCACUCACAAGGAGCACUACCUGCACAUGUUCCUACUCACCGAAGAAAACGUCGACAAGACCGUCAUCCUUUUCUGCAAUCGAACAUCAACCGCCGACUACCUCCACCAUCUACUCCGAAUGCUGGAGCACAGAGUUACCUCUCUGCACUCCAAACUUCCACAAAGGCAACGAAUUGACAACCUGGGUCGUUUCCGCGCUUCAGCGGCCCGCAUCCUUGUAGCGACCGACGUUGCCGCCCGUGGUCUUGAUAUCCCCGAGGUCAGCCUAGUCAUCAACUACGAUCUUCCCCGCGACCCUGAUGACUACAUCCACCGUGUCGGUCGUACCGCCCGUGCGGGACGUAAGGGUGAGGCCGUCAGUUUUGUGGGACAGCGUGACGUGGAGUUGGCCCUGAUGAUCGAGAAGCGUGUUGGCCGUGACAUGGAGACCUGGGAGGAGGAGGGCGUCAACCUCGAGACUCGUGUGGUUCGCGAUGCGCUCAAGAUUGUGUCGGAGAAGAAGCGCGAGGCUCUCCUGGAGAUGGAGGAAGGAAGGGAAGUUGGUGGCAAGCGAAAGCGCACCAAGCAAAAGUUGCGAGCGGAAUAG